UGUCCAAGGCUUGGAGUUCCUUGUGGCAAGGGGAGUGGGCGGGGAUAGCGUGGCGGAGCAGGAGCAGGUUGGGUUGGUCGGGCGGAGCUUUCCUUGUUAGGGCAGGUGGAACAUGGAGAAAGAGGAAGGAGGACUGUGAGCGGAGAAUCCUAUAGAGGGAGAGUGCGUGCAACUGCUCAGAGUGGGAAAACGGGACUGAAACAGAAUCAUUGGUUUGAUGGUUACGGCCACUUUGGAUACUUUCCAUAUGGAGUAUUAGCUGGCAAACACCAUGGCAACAAAGGUAGAACUCACUUCCCCAUUGUCAUCGAGAACACCUCAAGCCAGUCUAAAUGACAUACUAAACGACGUUAAAACGCCAAGGACAUAUACUAGUCCUCUUUCAGAUGCGAGUAAUAAGUCGAAUGACUCUGGUUUAACAAGCUCUGUUUUUACUGCAGAAACUGAUCAUGCUGCUACUAAAUCUGUGAGUAUGCUCACUGUAAGAUCCAGACCAAGACUUUCACCUAAACCUUUUUCAAAGGAUAAACCUCCAGAUUUCCGAAUAAGUAGAAGUCUGAUGGAAUUUGUCUCUAAUGAUAUACCACCUGGAAUGCCUACUAGCAAAUCAGACAACCCACAGAUUAAUGAGAGAAUAAACCGAAGAAUUUUCAGGGUCUCUCAACAGCAAAGCACUGACGAGAAUGAAGCCACCAAAGCUAAAACAGGAUCAUUUGCAUCUACUGCUGAAAUUCAGAUGCAGAAACCGUCUGUUUGGGGCACAUCAACAAACAUUGCAGAGAAUGUUGUAUUUACUUCACAUUCAAAUGAAAAGAAAUCUAGCCCCAAACCUGAGGUCACAACCAAACCCCCGGUGAUACCAGGUACACUGGAAAAUUUUCAACCCAAGGACACAGCAUCACGUCUUACAAGUUUUAGGAUAUCCCCUCCAGAUGUAGCAACUGACAAAAUGAACAAAUCUUCAUUAAAGUUUGAAAGUGAAGACAGCUCAUCUGUGAGAGCCCAGGUAAGGCCUAGACGCCGUCCGGUGUCUGCUGUCUUUCUAGAAUCUAUAAAUGAUCCAGCUCAAGAAGCUACAGAUGAGAAGACACGUGGUAGAAAGCCAAGGCCUCUUUCUGUGGAUCUUACGGCAAAGUUUGAAACUAGAGGAUCAUUAGUGCUCAAGAAAGGCAAUAGUUUUGAUGAAACCAAGGAAAAUAUACCUUUGAAAAAAAAUCCAACUUGCUCUAGCAUAAUUGAGGAGAAGUCUGAACUUUCUUUAAAGCAAGAUGGUGGCCUUAAUGAAGUUAGAAGUAAAAAUCAAGGAAACAGUAGCAGCAGGUAUCAAAUGACCACAGAGGCCUUUAACAGAAAUAAGCAAUCUGAACCCCUAAUUAAGGAAUCAGUCCUCAAUUACAUAAUCAAAGGAAAGAGAGACCAAGAUGUCAGUGAUGGUGGUGAAACAGAAAGCAAAGUACAUUUAACAGCAAAAAGUGGUAAUGCCAGAGGUACACUACAAGAAAUAAAGUCUGUUUUUCCUGACAGUCAAGUCAGUGAAGUGCAGCCUUCAGAUGACACUGGCAUUACACCUGGAACCAUUAAUAGGCGCAUCAGCCUUCUUUUAGCAAAUUCUGGUUCCUCAGUGGAAGUAUCUGAAGAUCCUACAGCUGAACAAGGCAAAGGAAGUUCUAAUAUCCAAAGGAUUAGAGGGUUUUCUUCAGAAACCGUUGAAACAAAACCCGGCAAGACACCAACAUUUUUACAAUCCCUGGACCACUCUUCAGAACUGACAAAAAGAUUGACAAGUUCACAACCAAACAUGGAAAUAAAAGAUGCAAAAAAUAAUGAAGAACAACAAACUUUCAAUGGAUCACCAGACCCAAAGAAAAUUAUCGAUACAAAGGACUGUCAUGUGUCAGAGGAAAAGCAGUGGAAAUCACGGAGAUCAUUAAGAAAAUCAGACUGGUAUCUGCAAUCCGAAGCCUGUCCAGAUAUUCCCAUUGAGAGGAAAAGAUCAUUAAGAAAAUCAGACUGGUAUCAGCAAUCUGAAGCCUGCCCAGAUGUUUCCAAUGAGAGGAAAAGUUUCCCUUCUAAAGAUAAAAAAUUUGAUACAGCAACAGAAAGUACAAGCGAAAAAGAAAAUAUUACUGGCAACGAAUUCAGAACUGUUAAGGCUACUAUGUUUGAACACAAUAUUGAAUGGCACAGUGUUAAUGAGUCGGGCCUUCCAAGACAUACUGUUCCAGAUAAACAUACAAGUAAGUCACCAGCUAAUGAAUCAAGUGGCUGGACUGCUUGUAGGGAGGGUGAUAACUCUUCUAAGUAUCAACAAAGCACUGAAAUGUUGAAUACCAGAAUUCCUCAAGCUGAUGUUGUGGAGAAGAGUACUUACGUUGCCAGCCAUAGUCCACACAAACGUACUAAUACUGUAGUUGAUUUAAGUAAUCAGAGAAUAGAGCCUAGAUAUGAAAUUGUUCAAACUAUUGGGGAAAAGGUGUCCAGCGAGUCCAUACAGUUGCUUCCAGAGCAAAAUGUCCGGACCCUACGAUCUAGAAGAUCUUUUAGUAAAAUAGAAAUAGAACAAGAGAAAUCAGAGUUGGAUGGUGAUGUCCUUGAUCGCCCUUGGAGCAGGCUUCAAAGAAGCAAAAGUGAAUACAGGAAACGCACUACACAGACCAGUUCACAAAACUCGUUUAUAGAUAAAGACUUUGAUUUAGAAAAGAAAUAUGAUUUAAGACCACCUGUAAAGGCACAUGCUGACAAUGCAUUAACUGCAGAAAGAAUAAGCUCAAAUGAAAGCAAGGCAGAUGCAUUUACUAUUUCUGCUGUUCAAGACAAAGAAAUCAAAACAGAGAAAGCCAAACUGUGGGAAGAGAGUACACUAAGGACAAAUCUGACAGAAAAAGAAUCAAUAAAAGGUUUGGAGCAUUCUUCUUUUAGAUCACCAUCAGCAAAUCAACCAAUAUCUGGAAAAGAACUGUUGGGAGAAGGUCAUAGAGAUUACUUAAAACCCCAGACUUACAAAUCAAGCAAAGGCAGUGGUGAAAAAGGUGCACAAAUUGCAUCAGUGUUUGAUAGUAAAGAUGACACUGGUGUUUAUGGAGAACAGUUCCAUAGUUCUAAAGUAGACAAUUUUAAAGAAAAUGCAAACCGGCCUUAUAGAUCUGUCACAAAGAACAAUUCAGAACUGUUGUACAAAAAUACAGUCAAAGAAGAAUCAAUGGCUGUUUUUGAAUCAAUGCUUAAUAAUGACAUUGAACAGAUGAAGAAAAAUCUCAGCAUGCAUUCAUCUUCAGUGGACACAAAACUUUCUCAAAUAGACAACAGAGUUAACAAAUUAUUCACAGAACAUGAAUGGAGAAGAGAGCAAUCCUUGUUUCCUUUAAAAGAUAAUAGCAAAGUGGAAAAUACCACAUAUGAUUUCACCACAUACACAACUAAUGAGGCAUCUACCGGGAACACUAACAAAGUCACUGCUGAUAAAAAUCCAGACAUUUGUAACAAAUUUACACUGAGAGACACCUCUCCACAAGAUACAAAGGUAACAUAUUUUGCUGUGACGUGCUUAGAUAAAAAAGAAAAAAGUGAAAACGCUUUUGAAUAUCAAGGCACUGCUGUAAAUCUCCAAUCAAACAAUCUUUUUGUAAAAAAAGACUUAAAUACAGACAAACUGUAUGCAGCGUCACACAAUGAUAACUGGGAUUCUUGUGUUGGUAAACAAGACUUUGCAAUACGAAGGGAACCAAGUGUACAAAACAAAAGCAGAAGCCAGGCUUUUGUGAAAUCUGAUUUCAAUGUAAAGUCUGAUGUAAAGAGUUUAGAAACUUAUAGGCCAACUACUAUUGAUAUAGAUCUUUUGCAGGAAAGACAUAGAAAAAAGCCAUAUGAUAAUGAAAGUAGCCUUACACACAGAGAUUCUUUUGCAGAACACUUGGCAAAAGAUUAUGAUCACAAACAGCAUAUGGGACCUGAACAUUUUGAUCUAAAAGGGACAUACAAAUCACAAGUUGUCGAUAUUGAUGCUUUAAUGAUAGAUUAUAAAGACUCUAAAAAUAAAAGGGAUAAUCCUGAUCAGGGCAGAUCUAAGUGGGAGAGGUCAAGAUCCUUCAGGGAAUGCUCAGAAAAGAAUGAUAGCAGAAGAUGGAAAGACCCUGACGUGACACAUUUCACAUAUAAUGAAGGAGUCAAAUAUGAGACUGUCUCAUCAUGGUAUGCUUCUCGAGAACAUUCUGGACAUGAAUCAAAAGCCGAAGACCAUAAAUUCACUCAUCUUAAGGAUGAAAGUCGGUCUACUGAUUCCACUUUUACUGUUGAAGCAGAUCAUGUAAAACAGUCUAAAACUAGAGAGCAUCAAUCCUGUAGUAAAAACAUAAGUACUGUGGAUGCGCUGCUUGACUCAUCAAGAGAAAGGAGACGUGCCCACAAACUGCCAACUUCCUUGCUUGAAGACUCCUAUGAAGUAGAAACGGGAAGGCAGCCAUCAAAGGGUUUUGGUUUUAUUGAGCUCAGUGUUGAUAAUGAUGAAGACGAUAUCAAACUAAAACAUCAGCCUACCAACCAGACAGCAAAUAAAUCCAGUGUAGCUGAGAUGAAACCAACACAUUCUGAAAGAAGACACCCAGCCAAGUCUAGUGAUUUAGUAGCGCUAAUGUUAGAGGACAAAGAAAGGAGAAGGCAAGAUAGGUUAAAGCAGAGACCUAUUGAUGAUUAUAAUGUACAAACUUUAUCAUCAAGACAUUUCAAUGAACAAGAGCGUGUACAAAGUGGUAAUAAGCUGCAUUCCCAGGACUACAACAAAACAGUAUACCAUUCAACAACAGUUGAAGUUACGACUGAAACAUCCCAUAGGAGAAGUACAAAGCAACAAAGAGGGAGAGCAGAACUGUCACAGCUGGACCAGCUGAAACAGUGUGUCACGAGGUCCUCUACAGCCAACAAGGACACUGAUUCGCUCGUUCAGGAGUCUGACAAGCAUUACGGGACAUGGAGUCAGGAGCAGCAACAGAGUGAAGAUGGCUUUGUUGCCGAUUCCCCAUCAUUUGGUGACCUCUCCAACAGGAAGCAUCCACCACAAAGUAGACUGUCCUCAGUAUCGCAGAGUGAAACCGACCAGCAUGACUUCCUGUCAGAUCACAAGAGCGCUGCAAUGGAUGCCUCCAGCAUGGACAUGGAUUCCACUGAUGGCACAGGGAGCACCUCCUCUCUUCACGAGGCCAAAGCUGAGGAUUUUGCAUUCAUCAAUCAAACAUCGGUCUUAGAUUCUACAGCACUGAAAACCAGGGUGCAACUGAACCGAAAAAGCCAGCGCCGUGCCCCUAGCCAGUCCCAACGCAAAAGCCGUCUUCUCUUGUCCAGUAGUCAUCUUGAUGUGAUAGAAGACACUGACAGCCCUUGGAUGUACACAGACUCUACAGAGGAAAAGCCUGUAAAGGAGGAAAGCAUUGAAGAAAAACCUCAAAGGACUCCUGUUCAACAACAGAGAAUGCCUAUGUUUCCUGGCAUGGAUCCCUCUGCUCUAAAGGCCCAGCUACGCAAGAGACAGGACCCAGAAAACAACAGUGAAUCCCCCUCACAACCAUCGCGGUCCCCUAAAUCCCCUCUCCCCCAAGGAACACUGGGUAUUAAACUCCUGCCGACAUCCAGUGACAAGCAAGAAAGAGGACCAGAGGAGUCCCCUGCAUGGCUGAAAGAACUGAAAUCAAAGAAGAGGCUAAGCCAGUAUGAAAAUCAAACUUAACAGAUCCAGCAGUUUUCAAGGAGGGACACAGCAGCUGAACAUACGCCUUAAACCUCACAAUUCUACAAAUACACGCCACUCUGCUGUCUUGCUUCGUCUCAACUGCUGUGUGUUCGGUGCCUUUCCAGUUUUUGAAGAAAAAGCUGCUUAGUACCUUUCAGAUACAAAAAUAGUUGUCUUUUAUAUGAACAGAGAGAAAAGUCACUUUAGGACUCACAAAAGAUAUUUACCUAAAAUGGAGCUCUACAGAAGCCAAAGGCUGCACCCCUGGGGGGCCCGGCCAACAUGGAAAGACUUGGGAUAACAACUUCAAACAAAAGUCACAUGUCUGCAUUUGUCAACAUGUUUUAAGAAGAGGGGUGGGGGGGGGGACCUGACUGAAUUUUAUAAUUCUUUAUGAAAAAUUUCAAGAUCACAGAUGAAUUCAACUUUUUGUUACUUAGAAUGUUCUAAAUCACUAAAUGAUUUUUUUAACCUUCAGAUUCUAGAACUAUACACAUAUAAAUGAACAAAAUGUUUACUGCCAAUAACAACAACCACAAAAAAAUGCUUGACUACUUUUUGUAAAAACUGUUUUUUAACAUGGUGAGUGGCGUAUGAUGAAUACAAAGUGUAUUACUUCUUUAUCUGCUUUCAUCUUGAUGCCUGCUUAGCAGAUUGUUUGUCACCCAGUUUCAAACGCGGCCAAAUAAGUCUACAGUGAGAGAACCUUUUAAUUGAAUUUGGAUAACAAUAUGCAAUAAGCUAGAAAACACUAGCCGCACACCAAAAGGUCGGUAAGUAAAACCUUCAAAAGAGGCUGAGCCGGCCUUGCUCGGAGGAGAAAUUUGGCCUGCCCUGAAUUCCGAAACCAAAGUAGAUUAUAAUGGCAAUGAAGAACAGCAGUAAUAUGUAACAUAUUCUAAAUUUGUUUAUAGUGAAUACUAAUACUCAAGUCCCUGCACUGUACAUGCUAGUCACAUGUCCUACAAACACGUUUCAUUAUGUUGGGAGAGACCUAUAACUUCUUUGGUUUGGAGAACACUUAUUUUUUACAUGGACAUAAUGGAGACAAAUGUACAGUGUGUUAUAUUUUUUGUUGCAAGUUGUUUAUCCUUUUUUUUUUUUAAUUUUUGCAUUUUAAUUUUUAACAACAGUAAAAAAGAAAAGUGAGAGAAAGAAGAAAGGUUUGGAGCAGAGAGAGUUGGGGGAUGAAGUUUUAAAUGACCACUAAUGCUUCUGCACGAAUAGAAGUUAUAUGAGUUUCUCCCAUUUUCUUAUGGAAUGUACUAGACAUUUAUAUAUAGGGAGUCCAUAUAUAAAUGCCAUUAGCAUGCUUUCUUUGGUAGCCAAUGUUUUGUCACUGUAUAUCCUCCUGAAGAAAAGAAAACAUAUACACAAACACAGUAUUAAAGAGGAACAUUUUGGUUUAAGAAACAAUACAAAAAGCAACUUUCCUACAGUUCUGUGAAUAUAUUAUAAUUCCCAUGCCUCAGCCUUACAUUAUUGUAUAUGGCAUAUUUGAACCUCACCAUUUUAACUCGUUAUUCACUGUAAAAAAAAAAAAACUAUAUAAACUGAAAUUUCCUAAACCUAUAUAAAUGCACAAGGCCCCAGGUAUAUUGUUCUGUAUAUAUAAUUUGUAUUGUGUGGCCACAAGCAAUGGGCUUAUUCCUUCCAAAUUACACUGAUCUGCCACUUUAAUUGUCUGUCAGUUUUAACGCAGUGCUUGAACUUUUUUGGUAAUCCCGUCACUGUGCACCAGCAAUGGUUUUAAGCCCACCAUAAACAUAAGGUUCUUAUAAUGCAGUACGCUUUUAUACGAAACAGCUAAGCGUUCUAAGUCAAAUAUAGUGUUUUAUUUUUAUUUAGUGACUGACAAAAGAACUUGGUUUUAUUACUGCACUGCAGAGUUUUAAUCUGCUAUUUUCCAACCUUUGUUUUGUUACUUAACAGCCUCUAGAGUAAAUAGCCAAAUUUUACUUUUUUAAAUCUAUGUGGACUCAGGAAAAGCUUUGCUAAUAUUCCUUUGCUAUUAAUAUGUCAGAUAAGUCUAGGUUCCAGUUUCAAAUGCACAAAAUAGGGCAGCCCAUGUUUUUAAAAACAGAACUUUUUAGCUGCAUUAAUGUGCAGUUGGAUUUUAAAUAGAACAUUGAUUUAAAAUGAUUGAUUGCCAAAGACAAUUCCCUAUUACACAGUAAAAGUUAUGUUAUAUAUUGCCAUGGGAAUAAGUAUAUCACUGCUCCAUCCUUGGGCCUAAGCAAAUGGCAUAUUGUUUUUACCAAGUGUUUGUAUUUGCCUAAAACAGUGUUUCCUAUAAUUUUUUACGAGCUAAUAACUAGAUUUAGUUCAUAUCAUUAGAUAAUAAUUGUGCAUCUCUUUGCAUUGUAGUAGUAGUAGCGCUAUAAACAGUACAUAUAUUUAGUUUCACGUAGCCCAGAACGAGCAACCCUGGAUUAUAUGUGAGGAACAAUUGAAAAAAUAAAAUCCACUUAUUUCUGUUCAGUGGUUUUUCUGGGGUGCAAAUGCAUUGUGGCCAAUACAAUUUAAAAAACAAAACAAAAAACCUUGUUGCCAGAUGAUAUAUAUAGACAGAAACCAGAAUUCCUCUGCACUUGCUAAAUCAAUAAAUGUAGAACAGACUUUUUGUUUAUAAUAGGGAUGCACCGAAUCCACUAUUUUGGAUUUGGCCGAGCCCCCGAAUCUUCCACGAAAGAUUUGGCUGAAUAACGAACCGAAUCCUAAAUUGUAUAUGAAAAUUAGGGGUGGGAAGGGGAAAACUUUUUUCCUUGUUUUGUGAAAAGUCACGAGAUUUCCCUAUGCAUAUGCAAACAAGGAUUCUGAUUUUGUUCUGCCAGGCAAAAGGAUUCGGCCAAAUCUGAAUCCUGCUGAAGAAGCUGGACCGAAUCCUGGAUUCGGUGCAUCCCUAGAUUAUAUCGCUACUAAAUAUGACUCCCCCCAACACAAAACAGGGAUUGUUUGUCCAAUAUAUUCAAGAUGGCCAACUACGUCCAUGUUAUGCCUAGUCUGGCCAGUCCUGCACUCAUUUCAUUUGAGCCAUUAAGAAUUCUAGUAUUCAUGUAGGCAAUUAUAUAGGAUAGACCAGGAUUAAACUCCCCAAUGAUUGCUCCUUUUUAUUGGCCAUCACAGGGAUCACCUGACUGUAGCAGGAAAUUAUAGGAUGAACAUUUUCUGACUUUUGCUAUAAGGGAUUGAUUGUAUUAUAAGGUUCUCUCUGAGUUCUCUGCAUCUUGCAGUAGACACACAUCUGGGUGAAUUUUGUGGAAGGUUAUCAAAAAUGUAAACAUGAGAUUUCAAUCGAAGUUUCACUGUUUCAAGCACAGAUGCUAAACUUGUAUAUACACUCAGACUCCUUUGCACUUAACUGUCGCACUACUGUAUCAGCAGGAGAUGUAUGGAACUGGCAUCACAGUGACCUGCUGCAAAUUCUAUUGUUCUUUUUGCACCAAUAGAGAACUUUAUUCAAGUAGCUAAAUGAAAAAAAAUAAAAUAUAUAUAUAUAUUACACAGAUGAUAUUGCAAUAAAACUGGUUUUAAAUACACAGAAUAUAUAUUUAA